UCGGCGGAGCGAAGGCGAGCGGCUGUGAGGGGGGCGGCGGCGGCAGCCCGCCCGUCGCCGCUCCCGCUCCCAGUCCGUCCCGGCUCGCCCGGCCGUGUGUGACACCCCCCUCCGCCGGGAGGGCGCCCGGUCGCUUCGCCGCUCUCUCCCCGCUGGGAUUUCGGGGGUCGCUCUUCUCCCGGUCGCCCGCCGGGACCCCACCCCCCCUGCCCCGGGCGGCGGUGGGGGGGCGCGGAGGGCUCUUCCCGCUAUGGCCUUCACCUUCGCCGCCUUCUGCUACAUGCUGUCGCUGGUACUCUGCGCCGCCCUCAUCUUCUUCGCCAUCUGGCAUAUAAUCGCCUUCGAUGAACUUCGGACAGACUUCAAAAGCCCAAUAGAUCAGUGCAACCCAGUCCACGCAAGAGAGCGGCUGAGAAAUAUUGAGCGUAUUUGCUUCCUCCUGAGAAAGUUGGUGUUGCCGGAGUACUCUAUCCAUAGUCUCUUCUGCAUAAUGUUUUUGUGUGCUCAAGAGUGGCUCACGCUGGGGUUAAAUGUUCCUUUGCUUUUUUAUCACUUCUGGAGGUAUUUUCGUUGCCCAGCAGAUAGUUCAGAGCUAGCAUAUGAUCCACCUGCAGUCAUGAAUGCAGAUACCUUGAGUUACUGUCAAAAAGAGGCCUGGUGUAAGCUAGCUUUCUAUCUCCUUUCCUUCUUCUACUAUCUGUACUGCAUGAUCUACACUUUGGUGAGCUCAUAACUGAAAGAUCAUCAUUAAAGACUGAAAACAACAAAGGCUGGAGGUACAAGAACAAGUGAGCCAAGAUAUGCAUGAUUAAUAAAAAAAAAAGCAAAGAGAGGAAGACUUUGAACCCAAGAAGUAAAUAGAGUACAUGAAACAGAGUUCCAGCAAGAAGAAGCAGAAUAACACGGGAGAAUGGCUGAGUUGACUGUGUUUUCUCCUGUUUCUCAUUGUGUUGCAGUAAAUGAUUUUCAAAACCCAAGCAAAACAAAACAAAAAUGCAACAAGGUGGGCUAAGUUGCACCACUAUUCACCUUUCCAGGGUUAAUGCUGCUUGGUUUAGUGGAUUCAUUGUAGACUAUAGUCCCUACUAUAUUCCAGGGAGCAAAGUUUCUUUUCUUAAUGCCUGUUCUGAACAGAGGAAGCAGAGGGCAAGAUCAUCUUAUACAGAAAGAACAGCUCUACAACACAUUCUGAAAAUGAGCACCAACUGGAAUUCAGAUGUGUGACCAUUCUGCAGGGAUGUUCACAUGACACUAAUCAAACGAGGAUGUCAAGUCUUGUGGAAAUUGCUUCAGUGUUUGUUUUUUUCCCACGCAUAACAACAAUAGCAAAAGAAUUUGCAGUUGCAGUGUUCUGUUUUCUAAUGAUACGCUAUUUCUCUAGGAGAACAUCCAGUAUAUUUCUGUACUUCAUCUGUGAUGCACCAAUAACAUACAGUGAUACAUAUAUAUAUAUAUAUAUAAAUACACAGGGUUUCACCUAAUCAUGCCAAGCACUUAUCAGAAUAGAGUCUCAAAAGCUACAUAUGUGAAGGAGGAUUGUAACAUAGGUAUUAUAUUCAUCACAAUGCUGGAUAACAAAAUACUGGACCAGCUAUCAUGGUCCGUCAUUCUGUUUUGCAGCUUUAUUUCUGCUGUCAAAUUUAAGCUGAAACAAAUGUACAAAAUGUUUU